AUGUCGACCCGGCAUGCGCGUCUUCACAAACGAGGAUACUCCGCCUCAGCUGCUACGAGCCCGCGCCCUCUGAGCCCCGUUGCUGACUACGACGCCUUUACCUUUAAUCGUUCGGAAACACCCAAGGUCUUCGAAGAGUCUUGGAUAGAGACACAACGCCCCAUGCCGUCCACGACUUCCUCCCACCAGCUCAAGAUCAAGCCCUACCUGCGCAAGCUCUCGUCCAAGGAGAGCAGUGGGCUCGAUCUAUCACGACCUGCGGCCGAGAACGACCUCUCCGGUCUGGGCAUUUCAGAAUAUGGCGCCUACUCACGGUCCAUAUCCGACGUUACUUUUUCCCCAGUCAACGGCCGCCACAGACACAACCGCUCAACGUCCAACACGUCGCAGUUUUCCUCUUCCUCUGGGCUGCAGCGGCCGACACCCCUGCCGGCCAUUCGCCAGACUCCGCAGCCCUACACACCGCCAAUAGCCCACUCGUCACCGCCCUCAGUCCUGGGAAGCGACCACGAGGGUGAUGAUAUCAUGUCCGACGAUGAGUUCCGCCUGAGACAGAACGCGUACGAACCAGGACGCAGAUCCGGUUCCAUCUCCUCGGCACAGGGAACAUCCCUACGCAUCCACACCAACAAUUCAUCCACCCGCCUUGCUGGCAGCUACUCCCAGUCAUCCGUCUCGCUCACUUCCCCAGUCGGAGUACCUCGCGCGCGGGGUGAUACGCUCAAAUCCAUUGACACGACUUCACCCAGCUCGCGCACCUCGUUUGACCAGACAUACCGCUUCAUCCGCGGCGGACGCGACUCCCCCGUUGACCCUGCCUCGAGAGCUGCGUCCAUCCGUGCUGCGCGACAGAAGUUCGAAGAGGAACAGCGAGCCAAAGAGCGGAAGUACGAGAAAGAGGCGCACAAGCAACAGGAGCGCGACUUCAAGAAACAACAGAAGAAAGAAGAUCACCACCGUCGCAAGUCAGAAACGCUCGAUCGGACUGAGAUAAACCGUACGCGCACUGUAUCUACUGAUUAUGAGAAGACGCCACGGCCCUCGGUGGGAGGCCGCCCUUCAGUGGGUGGGCGCCAGUACUCAGACCAUCGCGAGGCUCACUCCAACUCGCUGCCGAAGCUUGUGACUACGGUCGACCCCGAGAAAGCAGCCGCCUUCUCCGCCACACCCAAGGUUACAAAGAGCCGAGCCGCAAAGGGCACAUGGCAACGAUUCGUCAUCUGGCUCAAGACUCGACUGCUGCGCAUGUCGGGGAAGUAG